ACCCAUGAAUCCUGACUACUAGUUCCUUAUUCUAACCACUAAAAAAACACUGUUUUUCUAUGUUUGCUGUUAAUAUAUGUGUCUAUAUAUGAACAGCUAGUUCUGCAUGAAUUUGGAGAUAGAUAACAGCACUUUGAUUCAAAGCUCCUGGAGUCAUGAUAUUAUAUGAUGAUCUCAUCUUAUAUAUUUUUAGAGCUGACAAGCAGAGUCAUUGAACUCCUCCGUCUGCUUCCUCCGUUCUUCCUCUGCCUGUAGAAUAAAGAGAAUCCACACUCUUCUGGAGUAAGAAAAUCACCUUUAAACACUGAAUAGACACACAUACCAAAAAGUAAUACAAAGACCUUCACAGAUGAAGUGUGAAAACUGCACCAAAAAGGAAUGUAGUAAAAAACAGAAAAAUGAUGACAAGCAAAAUACAUUGGUUGAUUCACUGAGCACAAAUGAUGAAAACGAGGAGAAAAAUGAAUUUCAUAAAUUGGCUGGUGCUAAAAUAUUCCUUAGUGACUGCCUAGCUUGUGACAACUGUGUGACAUCAGAAGAAGGUGUCAGGAUUUUCCAGCAGAAUCAGAAGGAAUUCUUUCGCAUACUCAACCUUAACAAGAAAUGUGAUACCUCAAAACACAAAGUGUUGGCAGUGUCUAUAUGCACUCAGUCAUUGCCUUAUUUUGCUGCUAAAUUCAAUCUCUGUGUAAACGAUGCAGCCAAGAGACUCUGUGGUUUCCUCAAAAGUCUUGGGGUGCAUUAUGUAUUUGACACCACUAUAGCUGCUGAUUUCAGUAUCCUGGAGAGCCAGAAGGAAUUUGUGCAGCGGUAUCGACAGCGGAACCAGGAGGAACAUGCCUUACCAAUGUUUGCAUCUGCUUGUCCUGGUUGGAUCCGGUAUGCUGAAAGGGUGCUUACCAACCCAGUGACUCCACACAUUUGCACUGCGAAGUCUCCGCAGCAGAUCAUGGGGUCCCUGGUGAAGGGUUACUUUGCCAGGCAACAGAACCUAUCUCCAGAUAAAAUUUUCCAUAUAAUCGUGGCUCCUUGCUAUGACAAAAAAUUGGAAGCACUACGGGAAGAUUUUUACACCCCCUUGUAUAACUCUCAAGACGUUGAUUGUGUUCUAACAUCAGGUGAAAUUGUCCAAAUAAUGGAGCAGAAAAAUGUAUCUAUGAAAGAAGUGGCUGAAGUGGCCGUAGACAGUUUGUUUGGUGAAAUAAAGGAGGAGGACGUAGUACGGCAUGAUGGGAGGAGAUCUGAUGGGUACCUGGAGCACAUCUUUAAACAUGCUGCCAAGGAGCUGUUUGAUAUGGAUGUCAAGGAAAUCACAUACAAAACACUAAAAAACAAGGACUUCCAGGAGGUCACCCUGGAAAAGGACGGUGAGACAGUGUUGCGCUUCGCAGCUGCGUAUGGCUUUAGGAACAUCCAGAACGUGGUCCUGAAGCUGAAAAAGGGAAAGGUCUUGUAUCAUUUUGUGGAGGUUCUUGCCUGCCCUGGAGGGUGUUUAAAUGGAAAAGGCCAAGCCCAGACUGAAGAUGGAAAACCUGACAAAGUAUUGCUCAGCCAGAUGGAGGAAGUGUAUGCUGCAAUUCCUGUCAGGCUUCCAGAAACCAGCAUGCAUGUGCAAAAGCUGUACCAGGACUGGCUGGAAGGGAUGGACUCCAAGAAGGUCCAGGAAACUCUGCACACCAAAUACUGUGCAGUAAAUCAAACAGCAAGCAGCAUGGAUAUCAAGUGGUGACAAAUCAGGCUUACAAAAGAUGAAAAAACUUGCAUAGGUUAGUUAUGAACUCAGCACUGGAAACAUUCUAUGCAAUUGAGGAUGCUAUGCACUAGCCAAGCGUACGACCAGUACACUUUCUGAAUUGCGGAAUAUUACUUACUUAAUACAAAGAACCAUUGCUCAA